AUUUCCCAACCCGCUUUCGGCCAUAAAGCCCUGUCCUGCCCUGCCCCGUCGUCCUCCUCUGCUCGGCUGCACCUACCUGUUCCAUUCGAAGCAAUUCCCCAAGCGCAGGCGAUCGCUCCUGAUCUCGUCGUCUCCAAAGUCCAAACCCGAAAACCCCCAUGGCCAGCUACCCACCGCCCGGCUCCGGUUACCCCUAUGGCGGCGGCGGAGGCGGCUACGGGGCCCCACCGCCCUACGGCUCCUCCCCCGCCCCCUCCGCCCCGCCCUACGGCGAGAAGCCCCCCAAGGAAGGCAAGACCUCCUCGGCGCCCCCCUACUACGGCGCCCCGCCCUACGGCGAGAAGCCCCCCAAGGAAGGCAAGACCUCCUCGGUGCCCCCCUACUACGGCGCCCCGCCCUCAACCCAGCCCCACCCCUACGGCGGCGGUGGAUACGGUGCCCCGCCGCCCUCGUCGUCGCCGUACGGGGCCCCGCCGCCCUCGUCGUCGCCCUACGGCGCCCCACCGCCCUCGUCGUCGCCGUACGGGGCCCCGCCGCCCUCGUUGUCGCCCUACGGCGCCCCGCCGCCCUCGUCGUCGCUGUACGGGGCCCCGCCGCCCUCGUCCGCACCCUACGGGGCCCCGCCUCCCUCGUCGGCACCGUAUGGGGCAGCGGGCGGGUACGGGAGCCCGUUCGCGGCGCUGGUGCCGUCGGCGUUCCCCCCCGGGACGGACCCCAACGUGGUGGCGUGCUUCCAGGCGGCGGACCGCGAUGGGAGCGGGACGAUCGACGACAAGGAGCUGCAGUCCGCGCUGUCGGGGUACAACCAGAGCUUCAGCCUCCGCACCGUCCACCUCCUCAUGUACCACUUCACCAACACCAACCUCCGCAGGAUCGGGCCCAAGGAAUUUACUUCUGUGUUUUACAGUCUUCAGAGUUGGAGAGCAAUAUUUGAGAGGUUUGACCGUGAUCAAAGUGGUAAGAUUGAUGCAUCGGAACUGAAUGACGCUCUUCUCAGUCUGGGAUAUUCUGUUUCUCCAACCGUGCUAGACCUGCUUGUGUCUAAAUUUGACAAGACUGGGGGCCAGAGCAGGGCGGUUGAAUAUGAUAACUUCAUUGAAUGUUGCCUCACAGUUAAGGGGCUAACCGAGAAGUUCAAGGAGAAGGACACAACAUUCUCUGGGUCUGCAACUUUUACUUACGAGGCUUUCAUGCUGACUGUGCUCCCUUUCCUCGUUGCAUAAUGGCCGUGUACUUCACAGUUCAGAGCAAGCUUUGAGCAUACUAUGCCAGUUGUACUGAAAUAAUUCUGUUCGCAGAAUUAUUCUUUUAUUUUGAUCUAAGUUUUAAUUCUGAGGAUUUUAGUGAUGCUGCUGCUUUGCCAAUGUGACGCUGGGUAGGUGGCUGGAUGCCUCAAAAAAUUGUUGAGAUCAAUUCCAUAACUACCUAUGGCAGUUAAUCGUUCAUGUCCGUUGGAAGAGGUGCCUCCUCAAUGUCACAUCUUCAUCUAAUAUUUACAUGUAACAAAUGGCAAUACAAUGAAUGAAUGAGUUCACUCA